GCUCAAGGCGAAGCGCUGCAUUUCAGUUUUAUUUGGUAGCAGGAGGAGGUGCGGGCAGCGGCAAUAUCAGCUACAACUUGGAGUUUUUUUUAUCUAGGAGGUUCUCCCUCGAAGUAGGUCUAAUGCAACCAGGCUACGAUUACGAAUACGAUUGACCGUCGCCUGCUUUCUCCUCCCCCGGAAGUAAAAUAUGAAACAAAUAAACAGGGAUCGGGUCGUUGGCACAAGAGAGAAAGGAUCUGUAGGUGGAUGCGCGAAAGAUGAACGCGACAGGCACAAAAAGCAAAAAUAUGAGGACAAUGCUACUCGUCACGAGAUCCAUCAGUGCCACAGAGUGAGUUGUAGGAGAAAAUGACCAUGCUGCCGGGGACUUUGCCAAGCAACAAGUCCCAGCUCCCGCCGGGAAGCGUCUGGACGAGUAUAUGAUACGCAUGCGAUGCUUCUUAUUUUCUGAUCAUGUACAUUUGAUUCAUUAACAAGAAGUAGUGCUAGUGGUGUAAUGCUAAUAUGGAGAAGAAACCUCCGCCUCCCUGUUCCUUUACCUCCCUCCUCGGCUGCAUCUUGUGUGAAUUUCAUCUAUUGCAUACACAUCCAAGCCGAUCAUGAAUCAAAAGGAUUCAUCUUUAUUUCGAUAAAACUUAAACUUUAACUACAGAAGGCGUAACGAUGGAGCGCACCACUGGAAAUCGAAGUGCGAGUGGAAAUUCGAGCGCUCCGCCAGGUAAUGCGUGGCCGAGCAAAGGAGUGGGUGCUACUGCUAGUACGUCCAGGAGUCCGAACAAAGCCAAAGCGGCGCAAGGGGGUCCUGCUGCCGCGGCCGGUAACUCUAGUACAGAGCCGCCUCUCGUCUCACCUCCCGAUGGAACUGUAGCCCGAGGACCCGAAGGGAGUGUAGCACCUGCACCGCCACCCCUUCCUAACGUGCUCCCGGCAACCGCAAGCGCAAGGCAGAAAAUCUCUAGCAAGGGCGAAGUUGUGAUGCCAGCAGGGCCGCCACCGGCGAUCGACCCCGCGAAAAUGUACUCUGGUCCUACCAGCAACACAAGCCGAGUGAAACCGCCACAAGGAGUAACAAGAGGCGGGGGCGGGACAAAAGGUGGAACAAAUGCAGCUGUAGUUGUAGCAAGUGGUAGUGGAGGAGAAAGGGGCGGCCCAAGUCCAAGUGUAAGUGGGCCAGCAAAGGGCGGCGGUUCUGGGCCUCCGGUUGUACUAGCAUCAUCUGGUGGAGCCAUCGCGUCCACCAGCUCCACUGCAGCUCCGAGUGGACCUGGACUGACGAGACCUGCAGUUCCCGGCGCCAGCGUGCCGAAUUUUGGCCCGCCACCUCAAUUUGCACCGCCCAUCACAGGGACGCUCGGUGGAGCGGCAGGCGGGGCACCAGGAGGUGUUCCCCCGCCUCAGUUGAAAAAUGGUGGAGCUUCCGUUGGCGGUGCUACGGCGCUCGUCAAUACUGCAACGUCGUCCAAGGUUUCGAGCGCGUCGAGCAUUCCACCGCCCCCACCCUAUUCAAAAACCAACUCAAAUGCCACUUCGGGAACCUACAAGAGCGUAGCGGAGAGUGCGAUGGAUCCUAACACUAACCCUACGACCACAACCACCGACGGAAGUCGGACCCUGACCCCCCCGCCAGCCCUUCCCCCGGCGCUCCCGCCACAACUACCGCCCGUAGUUGGAGGGGCCGCGGCCGCCACAAGUAGUACGUCGACAAGUCGAACGCACACGCACGGCACCACCAAGUCCAAGGAGUCCAGCCCGACCGGGGAGCUUUCCGCGAACGCCCCCGCCUUCAUUCCCCAGGCACAGCAGGCCCGGGUGGUGUCGAAGCCACUCACCGAAGCCGAUCAUGUUUUGAGCAAGGGGUCGUUUGUAGAUGCCGGCGCCGGGGGGGCACAACUCGCUUCGUCAAAUAUUAACCCAAAUUCGGCGGCGGUCGUCCCUGCCGCCCUAGUGCAGCAGCUGCAGCCGCCUCUCGGUGCAGGAGGGGCGCCGGGUGGCGGCCCCCCCGGUACCGAGCCGAUGAUCGGCGCCCUUACUGCGAGCAAGCUCAUCGGCGCCACUCCCGGAGGCGGGGCAGCCUCGACGGGUCGUCCUGCUGGAGGUGGUCCUCCUUCCGGAAUAAUGGCAGCAGCCCCUGGGCUGCAUCAUGCGUUGCAGCCCCCGCCAGGAAUCGGUGCAGGACCUGGAAGUGUAGUCCCUGGCGCACCGGGCAUCUUGCCCGUCGUGCCACCGGGUGUUGUUGCGGAGCAGCAGAUGCAGCAGCAGAUCUAUUUCGCAAUGCAGCAGCAGCAGCUCUCCGCAAUGGCAGUUGCGGAGCAGCAGCUUGCAGUGGCCCAAGCGCAGCAGGCACAGGUCCAGAUGGAAAUGGCCGCCACCGCGGCCGCAAUGCAUGGCCAAAUGUUGAAUGCCGUUGCCGCGGCGUCUAUGGUACUAUUUCUUUGUUUAGAAGUGCUAGUACAACUCGAUGUUUACUCUAUUCGAUUCUUUCUUCUUGAUAGAAGCCGGCACCAUGAUCAGUAUUAAUGUUCUUCAUCCGCUUCUAUCAUGCGACGAGGACGACGAAUUCAGACUAGAUUGAGAAACUGACUUCUUAAAUUUUAUUACAAGCAGGUGUCACCCCUUGACCCGAGUUCGUUCGGGGCCUUUGCCAACGCACCUCCGGCAGGCCACUUGCCAAACAAAGGGAUGAUGCACCACCCGCGCACAAGUAGUAGUUCUUCGUCCAGUUCCGCAGUGUCCAAUGGGGGGGCCUCCAACUCCAAGGGAGUCCAUGCGCACCUUCAACACCAGCACCACUACAGCAUCCAUAAGGGAGGGAGCGGUGGUGCCGACCUGGAUCGGAUGAUGGAGCCAGGCAGCAACUCGUCCGGUGGAGGUAGCUCCUCAUCUUACUAUCAGAAUAAGGCCGGUAGUGCGGGAAAUGGAAAGACAGGAUCUACAACUUCCGGCGGUGGACCGGCGUCAACCUCAACUGCAGUCGGUGGCAAGGCGGGCGGUGGUCCAGCAGCACCUCCCGGGAUACACAACCCGGUCGUUUCCUCCAGCAUGCGCAACAGUAGUUCAGCACCAUCGCAGAGUAGCGGCGGCUACGGUGGAAAAAAUUACCAAGGCAGUGGCCUUACAAGCGCAGGCGCUGGCACAAACGCGGGAGGUCAACAGCAGAACCAAAAGGGUUCUUGGGCUCCAGCAUCAUCCUCGUCCUCAAGUCCGCCUGAUGGACGCGCGCCGUACCGUAGCGGCAGCGGGGCUGGAGUAGCAACAGGAAGCAGCAGCAUCACCUCCUCCUCCUCCUCCACCGUAGGAGCGGGCGGCAAAAAAGGCCCCCUCCACAAUACAGCAGGAGCACCAAACGGCGGAGAUAAUUCUGCGGGGCCUCCGCCAUUCGGAGGCACAGCCUCCGGAUCGGUAAGCAGCAGCUCGACGCCGUCUGGAGGCGGCAAGAAAGGAGUCUUGACAGGCAAGAAAAUGGGCCCACCGGUGCGCAGUAGCAUCGCCUCGAGAACGAGUCAGGUAUAAAUUCAAAUGGCUCGUCUCUGAUGUUGAUGUGCAGUAGCAUUACGAGGUGAAGAUGAAACCAGCUGCACUACGCUGAUUUACGAUCUUCGAAACACGCGACGGGCGUAUGUUGACUAACAAUCUAUGAUCAUGAUGUAGCCCAGCGCCAGCAGUUACGGCCACAACUCUUCGGCAUCAGCGGGCGCAUCACGAUAGCGGCGAACUUCUGCUUUUACCGUCAUAAGAAAGAGAAUCAUCGUGCAGAGACAGAGCAAUCUUCUUCGGUUAAGCAUGAAAUUCAAAAAAAAAAAAACCAGGCCUCUGCUGACGUGCUGCCGGGAGGCGGAGCGCCAUCACCGGCUGGAGGAGGAGGAGCGACUGCGACGACUGAGGAUACGAUCCAGAUGAAAACAGCUCCGGACGGGGCGCCUGGAGGACAGCAAAUCGAUCGCUCCUCUUCCUACGCGAGCUACGAGCCGCAGCGCCCGGCGCGCCCUGACUUUAAUCCCGAAUCGCGCCUCCUUUCCUCCACCUCGGUGCCGCUGUCCGCUGGAGCUCCUACUAGUACAAGUGCCGCAACGGGGCCACCAGGCGUAGGCGACAACUACCAGCCUGUGGACGUCGAUGACCAGCUUCCACGAAGCGGUAGUGCGGGUAGCGGACGCAGUAGCAUCAACGUGGAAUUGCAGACGGGCAUGACAUAAGCGUUGCAAAAAAUCUGUCUGGGUCUAUCUCUAGGACGAGAGGCGGGCUUGAUGUAUCACACAGAAGGCUCCGGCUUGUCGUUCUCCAUGCCUAGUAGGCAUGGGGAACGACUACAAGCGGAAGCCUCCGCAGAAUUUGUCAUGCUCCGCGACGCUUUUAUUUUAGAUAUGCUUUUAUAAGAUGCACAUCCACAUGUUGAUCCAAAUCGAAAUUAUGUAUUCUAGGCCUUCAUGAUCCACGUUGCAGGUGCAAAAUAAACUGCUUGGCCACAUCUAUCUUCAAGAAGUGUCAGUCUGCUUUAUUCAUCCUCCGAACCCAGAUCGAUUAUAUUUCAGUUUGAUACGACAGCGCCCGUUGACUGGGUAGCGUCCUCACCCGCUCCGUCGCCGUCCGGGUCUUCCUCCAUCGUGGUGAACGGUGUGAACGAUCUGCUCGCGUGUCCCUUCGUGGAAAAAGGCAUGGAAGACGACAAGCGAUGGCUAGACGGUAUCGAAUAUUCUCUAGUCGGGCCCGUCAACGCGGACGAUCUCGAUCGCUACCCACGGAUUGAGAACUGGCUGCUUAAUCAGAAGGUAAGACGUGGGACUACGAUCUACGAUAGUACGUGCUGUCCAGACGUAGUUCUUGUACAAGAAUGGAAAACUACUACAUCGAUUGAUUCUCCUGUUAAGUGUUCGUACUGCAGCUCCUCGUCGUCCAUGACGUUGAUGUCUGAGCUGGACAUCACAGACAUUGAUUGCCUUUUGUUAUCGAAGCGCUCCUGGUGGAAGUAGGCUAAGAUGAUCGCGCGACGUGCAAGAAUGCGUCAUCAAAUCAAAACAAAACUGUAAUAUGUACUAGGUUCUGGGCUUGGACAUGAAGCACAAUCCAGAUACGAGCGAUGACUACCCGUACGCGGCCCUGCUGGUCUUUGCUGCGCAGGCGAACGUAACCACUGGCGAACCCGUAUCAACAAGAAAAUGAGCCUUCUUCACCCCUGACACGAAUCAACUUCAUCAUGCUGAGCGAUCAAAGUUUAUUCUAAGGAAUUCUCUAGUAGCUCUACUAGUUCUAGUACACAAGUGAAGCUGAUUUCGUCCAUAUUCGUUCUUGCUGCCUGUGCCUGGUCUGUAAUUGCGAUGACUCGGAGCUGCACGGGCAGCUUAUAUGUCAACAUUAUGGUUUCACAGCUGGGAGUUAGAGUUUGCUUUUCAGUAAAUCAAUGCGCAGUUGGCGUCUGGAGGUAUGCUCAUGAUCAUGGACGAGGACGACAAAGUUGAUUAUCUCUAAAAGUUGAAGUUGUUCUUGUAGGGGGAGGGGAUUUUUUUCACACAAUAGCGAGCAAAAGUGCUGCUGCUCCGCACACACAGCAUGCGGACAAGCCAGCUGCCCGACUCUGUCGUUCAGGUAUUCGAGCAAUGCAAAGACUACUAACUUUUUAAGGGCAGCACCGCCUUCGCUCUUUGAUUUGAUGUUGAUGAUGAUGUUUCAUAUCAAUCUAAUCGAUGUGGUACUGGAAGUGGUUGUAUUUUGAUGAAAUUAUUAGUAACAGAAUGCUAAUCACACCCAGGUGCUCAUGUCCCGAACGAUAAUAAAGGCCUUGGUCGGUGGAAUAGCGCAGCACCUCUCCAGGAUGCAAAAAAGCUUUGGGGUCGGUCUUGCUGGUCUAAAGGAUCCGGCAGAAAUUGCACGCGAGUAUCAGCCUCAGGGAGGAGAUAUGCACCGCAGUUGUGUCAGUGGCUUGGUCGGGAAAAUAAGUGCACUUAGCUUGUCAUGCAGUUGCUUUUUCCUCACGCAGGCACAGAAGGCCUGGAAACCAACAAACAUAAAGGGUUGCGGGCUUGCCCCCGGUUGCGCUGGCUUCUCGAUGCAUUUCCCUCGUCAGGAGCCAUCCCUUCUUUCUGUAAAUAUAAAGCUAAAGGUGUCUACUACUGCCGGUGGGUACUGUGGGUGUUAGUUUUUGCAAGGCCAAUGUGUUUUUCCCGACCAAGGAAAUGAAGUGUUUCCAAUUUAUAAGAGAGCUUACUCUGCGGCAACUAUGUAAGGUCUUCGGUUUUCCUUGCAUGACCGACAAACGUAUCGCAAACACAUCCGACUGGGAAAAAGGGCGACUCUCGUAUUGGAGCUUAACUUCGUGUUUAUUUUUGAUGCCGCUAGAUUUGAAUCCGAUGAAUCAUCCUGCACCAGCGGCCUCUCCUACAUUGCUUUGGAAUUUCUAUUUCGUGUGGCAACAUAAUUGGAUGAUACAGUGAUAGUUUAGAUAUCUUUUAUUCCUACAUGUGCAUUUGCGUAAGCCAUGACCUCGACGCUCCAAAUAAUUGAAAUUGUCCAUACAACAGAGCCGCACAGAUCAGAUGUGCCGCAGACGACGGCUGGUUUAGCUUGCAGUCGUGGCUAAAGCUGGAAGAAUUACGCCGAAACCGGCACGCGGAUGACGCGCGACGCAUGAAUGCCAAGGGUUUGCAAACUACGAAAAGGAACAAAAAAUGCUCGUGUCCGUGACAGUAGCAGUACCAGCAUUUUUCCCAUGCUCCACUGCGCUUCUUUCCGCCGCCCUAAGGUCCUUUCAUAGAGGUAAAGGUAUUUUUGGAUCAUGAGUGCAUAGAACCUUAGGUUUGUCGCUUUUUGCAGCCUCUGUCUUUGUGGAAAUCCGAGGACAACAGCAUGGUCAUGGUGAUGGUGCCAGCAAACGCAAGCUCCUAUUCUUGCAAGUAGUUACGACACCACCACAGUUAGAUGUGAAUAGUAAGUUGUACAUUGAUGCCGCGAUCGCGGAGGCAUAAUCUCGUUCGGGAGAAUGAAGAAUGCGACAAGGCAUCAAUAAGUUUAAGUCAGUAAAUAAAGAACUUGUUGUAUUUGCAUUAGGUUUAUGCUGCUGGAUCUUCUGGCUCAUCAAUUUACGAAAGAAGUGAAACUCAGCGUGGGACGACCGAGGACUGAGACGGACACGGGGGGGAAAGUUUUGCUUUUGAUACCGGAUUCGUUGCGUCACCUUCCACAAAGUCCGCAGCAUAACCCGGCAAACAAAGGCGGCGCUCCUCCAGGAGCGCGGCGCCCGUCGUGGAAUAUGACAGGCACGGGUGCUGAGCCAAUGUCGCAUCAAGGAAUUGAACCGCCACAGUUCCAGCUCGACAGGUAA